AUGGGCGGAAUUGGUAAAACAACCAUCGCCAAAGCUAUUUAUAAUGAAAUUGUUCAAAGCUUUGAGGCAAAAAGUUUCCUCACAAACAUUAGAAAAGCUCGGGAAGAAGAAAAUGGCCAGGUUCUUUUGCAAGAAAAACUUCUUUCUGACAUUUUACAAACAAAAAAGAUUGCACUGCAAAGUCUUGAAUUGGGAAAAGCUGUAAUAAAGAAGAGGCUUUGUCAUAAAAAGGCACUUAUUGUCCUACAUGAUAUCAAUAACGUGGCCCAACUCAAUGUUUUGUGUGGAAGUCGUGAAUGGUUUGGCCCAGGUGGUAGAAUAAUCAUCACUACUAGAGAUGAGCAUCUGCUUAAGAUCCUUCAAGUUGAUAUUGUAUAUAGUAUGAAAGAAAUGAAUGAUAAUGAAUCUCUUAAGCUUUUUAGUUAUCAUACAUCUAAGCAAGCAAACCCAAUAGAAGAUUUCAAUGAACUCUCAAGGAGGGUUAUUGCUUACUCCGAAGGUCUACCACUAGCCCUUGAAAUCCUCGAUUCUUAUUUGUUUGAUAAGCCAAUAAAAGCUUGGGCAAGUGUUUUAGAUGGACUUAAAGCACUUCUAGAUGAUCAAAUACAUAAAAAGCUAAAAAUAAGCUAUGAUGGUUUGAGUAAUGAUGAGGAGGAAGAAAUAUUCUUGGAUAUAUGUUGUUUUUUUAUUGGAAGGGAUAGAAACUAUACCACACAAAUAUUGGAUGGUUGUGGAUUGCAUUUAGAAAUUGGAGUCAUAAGCUUGAUAUGUAUGGUUUACUACGCGACAUGGGACAAGAGAUCAUUCGUGAAAUGUCACCAAAUGAGCCUGAGAAUCAUACCAGAUUGUGGUUUCAUAAAGAUGUGGUUGAAGUGUUAA